AUGGAGGCACAGGAGGUGGAGGUCGACUCUACUGCCAGCGGCAUCGUCCUGCCUCCUUCCACAAAACCUUGCAAGCUUCGCGGUCUGGCACUCAAGUCCUUGAUCGGUACUGUCUUGAUUCUCGGCUGGGGAGUCAUCAACUCCACCAUCUUCUACGUUACUGGCGGGCGCGAGCACGUUUGGUUGUGUUUUACACAGUGCAACAUGGACAGUGAGCUUUCACCUAUCAUUACUUUGACGAGUACGCCGCUAACUCUUGCAACAGUCUUUCUCUCAGUCUGUGUGCUCCACUGGCUGACAGCGAACCCCAAGGAGCUCGAACGCAGUAUGAGAGGCACGAGGCCUUCGGUGACUGAACUGCCUGUCUUCCUUCGAGGGGACUCGGUAGCAGAACCGGAACCUGCUAAGCUUUCACCUUCGUCUUCUUCUUCGCUUGUUUGA